CUUUUGCAGUGAGAGUAAACAAGUAAUCGAGUCAUUGAGAAGAUAUCUCGCAAAGAGGCGGACACUACGGACAGGCGAGGCGAAAUGGAUGUCGAAGACCAGGAAAGUCCACUCGAAGUGGUGUCGGACCGGUGUGGACUGCUGAGCGUCCUACUCGACACGGAUGAGGACAGUGAUGACGCUGAGGGCCAGGAGGCUUUUGAAGAUGAAGAUGAAGCCCUUCCUCCUGAUUUGCAGUGGUUGGAGGAGUUGUAUGACGAUGACCACAGAGACGUUGACGGUGACGGUGACCUUGCGGUUGCGGCCGUGAGUGGUAAGAAGAGGCGUAAUGCCGAGACAGCACGGAUGUUCAAGCUGAGACGAAACCUGGACCAGCUGGACUGCUUUCACCGACAGAAGGAGCUCGACGUGCUGAGAGCCAGAAAAGAGCUCGAAUCCUGUGGUCAGAACAUUAAGAGCUUGAUGGAGCACAGGGACGACUUGGAGAAAGAGAUGGAGCGACAGAGAGCAGCGGACGACAGUGUGGCAUUGUUUCGCGUACGAACCCGACAUCAGCAACUGUGUGAAAAGCUGCGGAAUGAGGAGGAGCUGGAGGGCCUCGUCAACACUGGGCUGAGGCAACAGGAACGGCUGCUGAGUGAGGUGGAGGUGGAGCUGGGCAGGUUCUCCUCGCUCCGGCAGGAGGUGCAGGAGGAGGAGCGGGUCUUCAAGGCCCUCAGGAGCCAGAAGGCAGCGAGGAGGCUGCAGCGGGAGGGGAAAGCCAGCCAGAACCGGCAGCUCAAGACGCAGCAGCUCAGGGACGAACAGGCGGCCGUGCUGAAGAGGGAGGAGGCUGAAUUCCGGAGGAAGGUUGAAGAGGGCCGGGCGAGCCGCAAGAAAGCUGCCAAGUACUUGAAAGAGACCAUUAAAAGGAUGCGUCGGCACGAGUCGGAGAAGGAGCAGCAGAACACGGAGCUGCUGAAGAAAAGGACGCAGGCCGUCGAGUCUCUGAAAUCUAACAUCGCGGCCACCCAUGAGAGUUUACGGAAGCAACAAAAGAGAGCGGAAGAGCGACGGCGGAGACAACACCGAGAAUCCCUGGAGGCCCAAGGAAUCGACAGCGCCAAGCAGAUGUACCACCAGAAACAACGAGAGGAGAUCAAACAGAAACAAGCGGAAUUCGAGGAGAGGCAGAAGUCAAAGAGAGGGGAGAUUGCGGCGAAGCUCCUCCAGGAGGAACGGCUGCUCAAAAGCAGAAAGAGGCAGCGACAGGCGCUGCUGGCCAAACACUCGACCGGUGUUAAGUUCCCAGCUCUGGAGAGAGCGAGAGAGACUCUCCUGCGCUACCUGGAUCCCAGCUCCCCCCCUCCCCCGCCGGCCGCCGAAGAGAGAGCCACCGCCCAGUGGAGACGGCUCAGUGGCCUCAGCCGCUCGUCGUCAGCCUCCUCUGACGUUGAGGGCCUGGAGGAGGAAACCGCGGAGCAGGAAGUGGACCGCCAGAGCCUCGCCGACAGCCUGGCGGAGCCUGAGUUCUCUGGGCUGUGGGACCAGAACGACAAGAAGCGCCUGAAUGUGAAAGUCCCAUUUGUGCAGACAGAAGGGAAGCAGGAAGCGCCGGAAAUGACCUUUCCUGCCAAAAAGGUUCAUGGAAAAGAGUUGAAAGGGCCUCCAUUCAUCAGUAAACCAAAGGUCAUCCUCUUCAAGGACUUCGACGUCGGGACGGUGUAUAAGAAGAAGAUCGUCCUGACUAACGUCAGCUACGUCACCAACCACUGCAAGCUCCUCGGGGUCUCCGCCAAACUGAAGCAUAUCCUCUCCGUCAGCUUUGAGCCUCCGGGUGCUUUAUCCACUGGGAUGUCCUGUGACAUGCAUGCUGUCUUUAAACCUGAGAUCAACCAGGACUUGGAAGGGGAGGUCCAGUUUGCGUCCGCACUGGGUCCCUUCUCCGUGCCCGUCAGAUGCACCAUGAAGAGAUGUGACCUGGAGGUCGACAGCCAGCGCGUUGACUUUGGUUCUCACGUGGUGGGCCAGACUAUUUCAUGGACGAUCACCUUGACCAACAAGGGGGCGUUGGCCACCGUCUUCAGCCUGGACACCGCCACACAUCUCAGUCCAGAAACCAGCCAUGCACAGACGACACCCGAGGUCUCUGCCAACACCUGCCAGGAGGAAAGCAGUCAGAACACAACAUCUGAGGACCGGAGCAGCUCUGAACUCCAGCCGAAACAGGAAAGUCAAGAACCCUGUGAGGCGUCGCAGCAAGAGCCCCCAGAGGCUGCCGCUUCCAGUCCAGACGUUAUUCCUGAGACGUGCGUGUCCACCGGUGAUGAGCAGAGCCACUCAGACUCCGGUGACAUAAGUCUCGGAAAUGUCAGAGAAGGAGAGAUUGGACCCUUUGAAAGCGUUAAACUGGAAGUGCUCUUCACUCCGACCAUCCCAGGAGACGCCAAACUGGACUUCCACAUCAAAUUCUCUGACUUAACCUGCAAACCAAUAGCCAUCCAGGUGAGGGGAGUUGCAGUCAGCGUCCCUGUCUACGUGGUUCAGCCCAGCAUGGACAUGAAGAUCUGCAUGUUUGACGGACGCUAUCAAGACACCAUCGUGGUGCAGAGCAGAGCCGGCGCUGCCCUCAAGCUGACCUUUGAGGUGUGCCCGGAAAUGAGGAGACACAUGGAGAUCCUUCCGAAGACGGGCGUCGUCGAGGCCCGAUCCAGCUUCAAGGCCCAACUCAGGUUCCAGCCGAGGAAGUCUUUACCCCGAGACGCCGAGAGGCUUUUCGACAGCGACACGGGAGUCCUGGAGGUUCCGCUGGUGGUUCGAGUAGCGGGCCAGGUGAAGCCGGUGCAUUUCACGGUCCACGCCGUCGUGACCACCUCAGACCUGCGGUUCGACCGGGCCGAGGUGGACUUUGGCUUCUGCUCCGUCGACCAAUCGGUGAGGAGCAGCGUCCGGCUCACCAACCUAUCCCUGCAGCUGCAGGAGUUUGGCUUCACGGGCCUCCCCGAGUUUAUUGACGUCCAGCCUAAUGAUGGCUUUGGCACGCUGCUCCCACAAGAGACCCUGGAGAUGUAUCUGAUCUUCAGCGCCGACAAGGCCAAAGAGUACAGCUUCCAGAUCAACUGCAAAACAUUCAUGAACAGAGAUUUCCCCCUGUCGUGCCGAGCGGUGGGCGUCCGCCCUCCGCUGCAGCUCUCCCACUCGCUGGUUCACUUCGGGGCCACGGCGCUGGGCGACGGCUCCACCGCCGUGCUCUACGUGCUCGGCCCGCCGACCGCCCAGAACCGGUCCAAGCGGCCGCCACUCCUCCCUCCGGCGGCGGCGCCCAGGCUGUUCUCCUUCGUCCCACCCCCGGAUUCAGACGUCAGCAUCAGUCCUUCAGCGGGCGGCGUGCUGCCCGGAGAGAGGUGUCUGGUGCAAGUGUCGUUCAGACCCAGGCUGUCGGACCAGCACAUCAGAGAGGAGGCGCUGCGUCUCCUCCAGCGAGCCCGGUCGGCCCGUGUGGAGGAGCUGGAGAGGAACGGAGGGGCUGAACAGAAGGUCCCAGUGGAAGACGGUCCGAGCAGCACUGAAUCUCCAGACCCUGCCCACGUGCAGCCGGGGUCGGAGCCGUACGAGGAGGCCAGGAGCUCCCUGCUGCGCUCCUUCGCUCCACGCUACAGGGAGUGCACCGUGCCCUGCUUCGUGGCGGAAGCCCCCCCCCGUCCGGAGGACGACCCGCAGGCCCAGCCGACAUGGAGGCCUUACAAUACGCUGUUCCUGAAGCUGCAGUGUCCGGCGGUCCAGCCCCCUCUAGUGGUCGUAUCCAGCGGUGGAAAGAAUCGAGUGGACUUCCAUCAGGUGGCACUGGGUGUGAAAGUGAUCAACAGGUUGACGAUUCAGAACAUUUCGAGGGAAACUUUGGAUCUGAGCUCGUCGCUGCUUUGUCCGUUUGGUCCUUUUUGCCUUCUGAAUGCUCUCAGGAGCGUGAGACCCGGAGGGGAACACACACUGGUUCUGGCCUUCACUCCGUCUCUGGAGAAAAAGUACUGUGAGACUCUGGAGGUGCGUAGCCAGACGAUGACCCUGGAGAUCGCUCUCCGUGGGGAGGGCGUGGUCCUUGCUGUCACCUCCUCCCACCCGGGAGGUCUCCUUGACUUUGGCUAUGUGAUGGAGAAGGAGGGCGCCUCGCACGUCCUGAAGCUGCAGAACAGCUCAGCGGUGUCGGUGGGUUUUCGGGCGCUGCUGGCCAGCCUCGACCCCUCGAGGCCUCAAGGUAACGCUGACCACGUGCCCUUCCUGCUGAGGCGGUGCGACCCUCAGGCCCAGCCCACUGUGGGAACCCAGAACUACAGCGGGCUGUGUGUGUUCAGUGCGGCGCCAGUCGAGGGCAGCAUUGCUCCGGGCCAGAGCCGAGACAUCGCCCUCACCUUCCAGCCCGACCACCCGUCCGUCUACUAUUCUGACCGACUGACCGUGGAGCUCAUGGAUAAGAGCGAAGUGUGCGCGGUGGAUCUGAGGGGCGCCGCUUCGUCACACAACAUGUAUCUGACUGGGGGAGACCGGCUGACGGUGCCCAUUGAAUCCCCCCUCCCUCCACUGAUACACGGGCGGGUGGAGGAGAAGCAGCCCCCCACCCCCGUGCUGGUGACCCUGCGGGCCAGCUGCGGCGCGGGGGGGGGCGUCUCGCCCGCAGUGAGGGAGCUGCAGGUGGGCUGCAUCCGCUCCACGCAGCCCAUUGAUAAGAAAGGAGACUUCCACUGGGAUAACGUGGCGUCUCUGCAGCAGCUCGGCUUCAGCCUGGAGCCCAGCAAAGGCACCGUGAAGUCGGGCCACAAACGCACCAUCACCGUCACGUGGACGCCCCAGAGUGGAUACAAGCCCUAUGAGGUAGUGCAGACAUGUUUACCUCUUACCUUGAAGGGGGAUGAGACGAACGUGUACAGCGUCAACCUGAUGGCGUUGCUCUCCAACCCCGCUCACUGACCCCUCCACGGUGUCUGGAUGCUGGACAGUGGGAAAUCUGCUCACACACACACACACACACAAAACACGAAGUACGCUGUACAUGUAUGUUCAAGUUCAAGGUUUUUAGUUGCCAUUUGUGCAGGGCCAACAUUUCCUAACACGUUGUUUAUUUAAGAAUGUUAUCUUAUUAAUAAAGGUGGAAUUGAUGUCAGAACUGAU